CUUCCCUCUUGUGUCGAUAGUCCUGGUGGAAUCGCAUGUCCAACCGCUUCCGCAAACUCAAGCUGACGCACACACUGAGACAUGGGCUCUCCACCAAUCGGCUCGCUCCGUUCCCUGAUGAAGUUCCUCUGGACGCCACCAUGAAAGCGGAGGAGAAGACCGCAUCGCCUCCUGCUGGAGCUCCGAGCGCAGACGUCUGCACUGCUUGGACCAGCAAGAGUAAAGAUUGUGGUUUGAACGGAACAAGAAGUGGGAAAGAUGACUUCCUCAUCACGACGAUGCUGAGGAACGGAGCGCCGCUCGCUCGUCUGCCCAAUGAGAAGCUGAAGGCCGUCAUCCCGCCCUUCCUGCCGCCAUCAAACUUUGAGCCAUGGAACUCGGAGCGCUGUGGAGCAGCGAAGGAAGGCCGGAGUGGAAGCAUGCCACAGAGACCCGGCAGGAGCAGCUGCGCCAACUCUGAUAUAUCGUCCAUUAGUCGAGUGGUCAGCAGGUCCAUCAAGUUUCCCAGCAUCACUAAAGGCCCCUCCCCCUCCAACUCAGGCAGUUAUAACUCCGCCCACUCCUCAGGUGGAUCCAAUGGUGUGGGAGGAGUCAACCGUCACGCCUCCGACUCACACAACCGCUCAGGUGGCAGCGGAGCGGACAGUGUUCUGUCUCAGAUCGUGGCUCAGAGGAAGAGAGCAGCCGGUCUGUUGGACAGCAGGACCCCAGCCGCUGCUGAGAUUCCCAGUCCUGUACCAACGCCGCUGCCCUCCGCACCGGACAUCAGCCUGACUGACCACACAGAUGGCCACUCCAGACGGGUGUGUAUCAGUGCUGCUGGACCCAGUAAACUGGAGUUAAAGAAACGUCCUCAGUCAGGAAACUCGUCCACGUCCAAGAGCACGUCGCCCACCCUCACGCCCUCUCCAUCACCCACACCCAAACCUCCCGCCACAGACUCACUCUCAUCAGCAUCCACGCAGCCCAGAUCCAAGAGCAGCGGCGGCUCCAGCAGCGGCACCAUCACGGACGAGGAUGAAUUAUCAGGGAUUCUGAGGAAACUUUCUCUGGAGAAAUAUCAGCCCAUCUUUGAAGAGCAGGAGGUGGAUAUGGAGGCAUUUCUGACUCUGACUGACGGAGACUUGAAAGAGCUGGGAAUUAAAACAGACGGUCCGCGGCAACAGAUUCUGGCGGCCAUAUCAGAGCUGAAUGCUGGGAAAGGGAGGGAAAGACAGAUUUUACAAGAAACCAUCCAUAACUUCCAGUCGUCGUUUGGCAGCAGCGCCAGUAACCCUCGACCGUCGGGAUAUCCACGCUCUCCGUCAGGCUGGAGUCGCCACCAGCUGCAGUCGUCCAGCAGACGGUAAUGAUGAAGAUUUCUCCUGUGUGUUAGAGCAGCAGCACAUAUGUCCACUCCAGGAAUGGCAGGGCUGCUGAAUGUGCUGAUGGUGUAACGCCCUCGUCAUACAUCAGGGGGCGCCACAGCAUCGCAAGGUUCCGUAAGAGAGUAAGGGCACAUCAGGCCAUGAGUAGUCCUGAGAUUUGGGUCAUGAAAGACUGAACCUUCAGGAUCUCAGCUUCUUACAUGAAUGCACAUCAAUCUGCUGGGUCAGAAGACAGUUUGAGCAGUAUGAAGUUUUAUAAUGUUUGGGUCUCCAAACAUAUAAACAGUUCCAGACUGUUGAAGAAAGAAAACGAUGAUGGGAGAAAAUGUUAUAUGCUUGUUCUAAGUACAGUUGUGUAGGACUGUCACUUAUUAUUAUUUAGUGUUUUAUUUGUAUUUAUGAAGAGUGUUUAAGCACGUCAGUAAUCAGUUUUAGUUUCAGAGUCUCCACUGCUAUGAAACUUUCAACAUUUUACAGUGAAAUUAAAGAAUAAUCUUUAAAGAUCUGAAUGUUUGUGGAACAUUAUUAAAUCCAACCUUAUUCAAUUCA